AUGGGUUGUGAGUUGUCUUGGACGAGGUGGGUGAUGGUCAUGGGCCAGGCCUUCCUAUUGUUGCUUACGUACUGCAGAUUUCAGAAAGGCUCGGAUAACCUCAACCCAUCGUGCAUCGUGCAUAUUCCCUGGUUGCCCAAGGCUGUGGACCACGACUCCGAGAGCAUGAUUACAGCACUCCACCUCCGUCCGACUCUGCUCGGAGGUGGUGACGGCGGGACUGGCGGCCGAGAACAAAUUCUUGGGAACUGUCGAACGACACCAAAACCUCGACUGACCUUCGACGAUCGUUUUUCUUUUUGGCCACCCAUGAACAUCAGGGACGGGGAAGUUCCCACGCCAAGGCCUGGCACGCUUCUCAAAAGCAGAAAGCCAACGACCGCCUACGCCGGCUGGGCAAGCAAAUGCACCCGUGAACACACUGGACCACGGCAAGCCCUCCAAGAGCUCUUCAUUUUACGUCGAGAUACCCCAACACCCCCUACCUCGAAAUCUAGGUCGAUCCCUACCAGCUCCAUAGACGAUGAUCUGCGGCCCUCCAAACGCCUGCGCACCACUCUUGACCUGUCCGAUGUGUCUCCCAAUCCUCAAACAAAGGCCUCUGUCGAUACCGAGUCUCAAGAGGCAUCCAGUACCAUGUCUUUGACUGGACGAAGUCCCGAUUCCAAAUUGCAGCUGCGCCAAUCGGAAUAUCGCAACGUUGCCAUCGUAGCCAGCUCGCGGACCAGGAAACGCCGCAUGAGACGACUCCGCACAAGGAGAUCCCAAGGCCCCGAGAGCAUCGACGAUAGUGACCGAUCUUCGAUAAUCUCCGUAUCCCCGAACCCGGCUAGUCUGGACGAGCUCAGGAACGAUGCAACUCCGACCCCGAAGCGUGCAGGCCCCUCUUCAAGAGCCGCACCCGACAUCAAGGGCCAUGCUCAACGGCCCCCUCGCGAUGACAUAUCGGAAGAUGAGCUCGCCAUCGGCGGUGUCGGCCGCGUGGUUCUACCCACAAAGGCAAAGGGCGCCCUCAGUAAGGAUGGCCUUGGAACUAGCCCGCGCGCUGUGGCCAAGGUGCUGUCAGGUAUAUCUCUUUCUCGUGCGGCGUCUGGAUCGCAGGUCCAUGAGCCUGAUGAAAAGUUUGCCUUUGCACCCCAGCCUGGGAACGAAAAGGUAUGGCAGGCCAUCACUCUUGCCGGGGAAGCCUUCACCUUCCGUGGUUGCGCGUUGGCUUGGCAAAGAUCCUACAAGUUAUGCAUGGUUCGUCUGGAGGUCGGAAUCUGA